AUAAUAAUGAUAAUAAUAAUAAUUUUAUACAACGAAAUAUUUCGAUGAUGACGUAGUAGGUAUAUGCGCAUAAACCACAACGGUCUGUCUCCUACUACCAGGACGCACGCACGCCACAUGGUCGGGUGACCACGUUCUGUUCGGUAUGGUUUGUUCUAUCGCCGAAAGCGCGUGCACACAGUUUGUUGUCACGCUGCCGUUCAGACGGUCAGCUGUUUGUGCGGCGCCGUUCAGAAAAAUCGAACUUUCACCGAGAGAGCACUAUACCAAACAUAAUAUAGGUACUGUAUAACUGCAGUUUUCGGUGUUUUUUUUUUUACUGUUGUUUGUUUCUUCUACGUACCUACCUACGUCGUAAUAAUAUUAUUUACACAUUAUAACGUUUUCGACGACUGCAGUUUUUGAACAUCAUGAACGCGGUUAAAAGCGGCAGCAACGUUUUUGCGCUAUGCGUUUCGCUUCUGAUCUCUUUGAUAUUGUGUCCUGCUUUCGCAGUGUACCAAAAUAAUUAUUAUCCGGUUGUACACCACGGACAUGCGGGAAAUAAAUCCGAUUCGAACACUUUGAGACUGGUCCAUGCGGUGUUUAGGCACGGACAACGGACGCCGGCCGACACGUACCCCCAGGACCCGUACACAAAUUCGUCGUGGGAGCCAUUCGGGUGGGGCCAACUGACCAAUAAUGGUAAACGAAAACAAUACGAGCUGGGAAAAUUUAUCAGAAAGCGUUAUUCUGGAUUCUUGGAUGUUCUGUACUCUUCGAAAAAAGUCACGUUUAGAAGUACUGACGUGGACAGAACCAUGAUGAGCGCUCAGCUAGUCGCGUCUGCCAUGUACAAGCCAGUUGGUGUACAACAAUGGAAUAGAUAUUUAGAAUGGCAACCCGUUCCGAUACAUUCAGAACCUCUGAAUGACGACCGAUUGUUGUUAGUGCGAAUAGACUGUCCCAGGUACCACGAAGAAAGACAAAAAAUAAUGAAUUCCACCGAAGUCCUCGAAGAGCUCAACACUUAUAGUGAUCUUUAUAGUUAUCUGUCCAACCACACUGGACUGACCAUUCGAGAUCCCGACGAUGUACAGUCGAUUUAUAGUACAUUAAAAGCUGAGUCGGACUACGGAGUUGCCCUUCCGAGUUGGACGACCAAAGUAUAUCCAACGAAAUUGGCCAAAGUGACAUCUAGAAGUUUCAUACUAAAUGCGUACAACAAUGAAAUGAAAAAGCUCAAAGGAGGUCCGUUAUUAAAACAAAUACUGGAAAAUAGUAAAAAUAAAAUAAACAAACAGUCCACACAUCAGUUGUAUGCCUACGCCGGUCACGAUUCAACUGUAUCCAAUCUUUUGAUUGCCUUAGAUGUAUGGGAUGAGCAGAUUCCUACGUAUAAUAUGUUGGCAUUACUAGAGCUACAUGAAUCGAAGAAAGGAAAUUUCUACUUAAAGGUGUUUUUGCGCAACGAAUCAUCAACAGAACCUUAUCGCUUACAAAUACCUAAUUGUAAAGAAGAUUCGUGUACUCUGGAACACAUUUCAAAGUUGACUGCGAACGUGAUACCGUUGAAUUUGAAUGAAGAAUGCAAGACUGAUAAUCCCGAAUUUUCUAAUUUAACAUUUAUUGACAAAGGCCCAUAAAAUCAUCUUUAGAAUGGAUUGACGGAUAAGAUUGUACACUCUUAUACAGUUAUAUUUCUAUCAUUAAAUGUAUUUGAUUGAUAUCACCGGCUAUACGAUUAAUGUGUGAUUACUUUUUUGUUUAUUUAAUUUACACAAAGAUUUAAUUUAUUUUCAUUUUUCAAGAAAGGCAAUAAACAUGUUUGUAUUUGGGCCUUCUA